AUGUCUUAUGCAAUUCCUCAGAAAAACCAUUCUCAUCAAUUGCACCCAUUGGACCGGUUGGACCCCGCAGAACUCGACAACGCAACCACCCUGCCUGACGUGUCCACCAUCAGCAUCGGGCCACACAUCGAGAAGGAUGCCGAAGGCACCUGCAUGACUGGAGACACGAGAGAUCCAAAAACCGAGCAAAGCAUUGGCACUGAUGAAAACGAGCGUGAUUCAAACGGUGGUGACGACAGCGAAUCCGGUAAAGAGAACAAUGGCACUGCUCCGGUAGGCGAGAAUAGCAAACCUAGCAGCAGGCAGGACCAGAAGCUUCUUGCUGCUCCUCCGAAUGCCGACCAGGGAAGCUGCGGUAAUAAUAAUUUUAAUAACAACAACAGGGGCAAUAGAAACAAUAGAAACGGAAAUAACACCAGAUAUCAGAAAAACCCAUACCACAACAGGUCCUAUUCUAGCAACUCAUACCAGACGUUUCAGCCUUCUUACAUCCCUCAAUAUCCUCGCAUGAUCCCCAUAAAUCAAUACCCGGUGAAUGGUGGAAUGAUUCCUCAAUACCCAGCCUCCGCCACAUACGCUGGGUCCUACACGUCCUCCUCUGGCUCCUCCCCACCGGCUAUCACCCCGAGUGUGAGCAGAAGGCAGAGUCAGGCCCAGCUGGAGUCCUAUGCGAACUACAACAUCAACUACAGCUACAACCAGGAUGCGACACGUUACUCACCACCUCCAUACUACAUGUAUACUCCUUAUGUUCCAAUGUACCAGCCACCUUACCCUGCAUCUGCUUCCCAUUCACCACAAAUGAUUUCGGUUUCUCCGCAGGCUCAGGGAUUUCAGCGUCAGCAAUACGGCUCGAAUAGGGUGAUGCACCCAAUGCAGAUGUACUACCAGUCCAAUAGCAGCAACGGCAAUCAAUUCCGCGGCGGCGACUACGACGAGAGCGCAAUAGAAGAUGAAGAGCUGAAGGAAGAGGAGGAAAGUGUAAACGCAGUAGCAACUACUAAAGGGGGCGCUAGUGGUGCGGUCACAAUGAACUUGCUAAAUCUCCCAGCAAGUGAGACCACGCCUGAAUCAAUUAGUGCAAUUGUUGGACAAAUUCUCAAGGGAGAGACUAGUAACGACAAAAACAGUGAUAAUAAUAGUAAUGACGGUGACGGUGAAGACGAUAAGAAGGAAGAGGAGAAAGCUUUUGCUCUUCCAAUUGACAAUUUCAAGAUCUACAAAUAUCCGGACCAGGAGUUGUGCUGGUGCUCCUUCCAACUCACCGAUGAGGACAAGCUAGAUCUAUUAAUAACCAACCUCAAUGGACACGUAUUCCACGGUUCGAUAUUGAAAUGUUUUGUGCAACCCCCGCGUUCGGACGACGCCGAUGGGAGCAAGAGGUACACGUAUUCUUCUCCGCAAUACAUGUACCCGAGCCCCGCUCCCAGGAUUUCCGGGUACCAGGUCAACUACCACCAGCACCAAGCGUCGAUGCCGCCGAUGGGCUCGCCCAUGGUGCCUUCUGUUCCUUACAGCGGGUAUUCCCCCAACUCCAUGUCCUCUGCGCCGCCUGUGGUGCAGAUGGGGGCCGGCUAUGCAAGGUACGGGGCCGGCUUCAACAGCAGCGGCGGCGGCGGCAACAGCGGCUACAGACACGGGUAUAGGCACAACAGCGUGAACAGCGCCAGCACUUACGGCGGGUCUGUGGGUGGCGCCGGCGCCGGCGCCGGCGCAGGCUUCGGCCGGAAGUACAGCUCCAGCCAGCGCAGCAAGCCGUUGGGCAACAACUACAACUCGAUUGUGUUCCCGGACCUCGACGAGCAGGCCAGCAGCACGAGCACGAGCCCGGGCUACUACGAGGAGGACCAGAUCGACGACAACGAGCUGAGCACGGAGGAGUUGCAGGAGUUCAACGAGACAAGACACGUGUCGCCGGACCGCGUCUUCAUCGGGAACAUUCCGUUCAACUCGUCGUACCACUCGCUCUGGCUGUUUCUCACGCACGGGGGCGAGCAGGUGCUGCUCAAGGAGCUGCAGCUGAAGACGGACUCGAGCGGGCUGAGCCGCGGGUUUGCGGUGGGCAUCACCGACGGCGUGGCCAGCAGCCGCGAGCUGAUUGGCCGGUUCAACGGCCGGGAUUUCGAGAACCGCAAGCUGAUUGUGCGCUUCGACAAGCACAACGGGUUGAUUUUCAAGAGCCACAUGAAGAAGAAGCUGGACAACAUGGGCUUCAACCCGGCGCCCGCUGCUGCCUGA